AUGGCAACAAAUCGUAUAGAAUCACUUGAUCCUGCUUUGAUUCGUCCAGGACGUAUCGAUCGUAAAAUAGAAUUUCCAUUACCAGAUAUAACAACUAAAAGAAGAAUCUUUAAUAUACACACCAGCAGAAUGACUUUAUCACCAGAUGUAGAUCUUGAAGAAUUUGUUAUGUCUAAGGAUGAUCUAAGUGGUGCAGAUAUUAAGGCUAUUUGUACUGAAGCAGGUUUAUUAGCACUUCGAGAAAGACGUAUGAAAGUGAUCGCAGAAGAUCUUAGGAAAGCAAGAGAAAAGGUUUUAUAUCGUAAAUCUGAGGGAACACCCGAGGAAAAACAUUAUUUCAAUAAAUAA